CAACCCCUUGUGCGCACCGCCUCCGUAGCCAUUGUGGCUCAAGCGGCAUUUGUCACGCUGGGUUCCCGGCGCGUCCUCUUCCCAUGCCUCGGCAAGGCGGGAUCUUUGUCCCUCAUGGCGCAGUUGUGGCCUGGGCCCAGUCUGUCGGCGAAAGUGCGGGCCUGAUGUCUGAGGUCACCAAGCGGGCGGCGCCUUGGGCUGCCCCUGUGCCUGCUUUUCCUGAUGCGCUCCCGCUGCCAGUGCUGGGUGGCGCCGCCCGCGACGUGCUCGGCGCUGCCGCUGAGCUCGUCGCCGUGGUUGGCGGCAGUACGCUGGCCAAGGGCUGGGAGCAUCUGCGGGCGGCUGGCGUGCGCCCGCCGUCCGACCGAGCGGGAGUGCCGUGCCUUCGACGGCGCUUCGGCGUUCAUUCGCCAUCCAGGCUCGGCGCUCGUGUUGCUGCGUCGCCCCAGGGCCUGGCUGGAGACCGCGGAAGCCACCAUGAGCGAGAAGCGCACCUGCGGCACCAGCGGCUCGCUCGACGCGGUGGACGGCCUCGAGGGCAAGGCGGAGGUCUACACGGAAGGCCUGGGUUGCCCCUCCCAGGCCGCUGCCCCCAAGGGAGUCGGGGGUGUGACCUCCGACGGCGGCGCCCUCGGCGACCUGGAGAUCGGACUCGUCGAAGUCGCGGGCGUGGAGAUGCCCGUUUUUUCUGCUCUUCCUGGCGCUGGUCACGCGGACAUCAGCCACGAGGAGAAAAUCGUCGAAGCCGCUGGCGUGGAAGUGGCCGUUCUUCCUGGCCUCGCCGAGGCCGCUCGCGUUCAUGUUGAAGGCGGCGCUGGCGUUCUUCCUGGCGCUGGUCACGCGGCCGACGGCUCUUGGGACAUCAGCCUUGACAAGCACUUCAUCGGCUUGGGCGUGGAGGGCGCCGAGCUGGGCUUCAACGCGGCAGUCGCCGCGGAUUACGCCGCGGGCAACCCUCCCUAUGAAGGAGAGCGUAAGAAGUUGGAGCCGGAUGUCGAGUAUCUGCCAGCUGGUGGCGGACUUCUGCGCGGUGGUCGUUGGCUACGCGCUGGUUGCGAUGGUUCGGAGGCUGAGGCCCCGCCUGCCCCCUUUCGUUUUCCCCCCUAGUAGCCGCCGCCCUCGCUGCUUGGAAUGUGUCGGUGGCUCGCACGUCGGCGCGCACAUAAGAUGGUGAGAAUGAUGUUUGGCACGGCGUCUUACAUUAGUUGUUCAGCCUGUGUCUGCAGAUUGCCCCGUCUCGACGCUGAUAUUGCGUCCGAGGGUGGUCUUUUAAUGAUCGGGCCUUCGCGGUUUCGGUCAUUGUUUUGCGGUCGUGUCCCUCGGUCGGCUGCGUCUGGGCCCCAGGUUACCCGCCCCUCGUUCCCUUUCGGCCCCCUUCGGGCCCCCCGUCGCGCGUCGGCCACGUGCAGGAGUUAUUGUUUUGACGAUGGCCCGAGGAUGAAUCAAAGCGCGCGCCGCCAAAAAGAGGAGAGCGGGGAGCAGGAG